AAAUUAUUCAAUUUCAUCGGUCGUAAAGUUUUUAAAAUAAAAAGUUGAAAAUGUCAAACAAGCUAGUACUUUAUUAUGUCUCAUCAAGUCCACCUUGUCGCGCAGCUUAUUUGGUUGCACGUGAGCUUGAUGUUGAUGUUGAAUUGAAAUACAUAAAUCUAUUCAGAGAAGACAACUUAACCCCAGAGUAUCUAAAAAUUAACCCUUCUGGUACAGUUCCAUCUUUAGUUGAUGGAAGUACCACUGUUUGGGAUAGCCAUGCUAUUAUGAUUUAUUUGGCUGAAAAGUUUUGUAAAAAUGGUCAACUUUACCCUCGUGAUUUUGUUAAGAGAACUUUGGUAAACGAAAGGCUCUUUUUUGAGGCUAGUUACUUGUUUGCGAGACUUUUUGAGAUUUGCGAUCCUCUCUGUGAUGGUCGUGAAAAAACAAUUUCGCAAGACAAGAUCGACCGAGUUAUUCGUGGAUAUAGAAGUGUCGAAAAUUUCUUCGUCGAUGAUAAUGAAUAUAUUGCAGCUCCAGUCAUGACACUCGCGGAUUUCAGCAUGUGGACAACUUUGAGUACUUUGAAUUAUUUGAUUCCAAUAAAUUCUGAACAGUUUCCAAAAUUAACAAAAUACUUGAAAAUGCUUGAAGCUCAUCCGAGUUAUGAGAUCAACAGGGAAGGAGCAGAAAGACACGCUGAAUAUGUACUUAAGUGCCUUCAUGGGAUGGAAUACAAUGGAAAAGUGGCUGUGGAAAUUUUCAGGGAAUCAAAGAAUUAUUCUCAUAUUAUUCACGAAUGGGAUCAUAUUACAAGUAAGGAGUUAGAAAAGGAAAAAGGAAGUGAUGAAGAAGAAUUUCCUAAAGAAUUAUUAUAAAAUCAUAGUUAAAUAAGGGUCCGUGCACUGAUGACGUCCGGAGGGUGGGGGGGGGG